UGGGGAGUGUUGUGGUUGUAAUAUGCGGGGGUCGAAAUUUGGCACAACACCGUCCGUCCUUCCGUCCGUCGCUCUUCCCCUCGCUAAGGGCGGGCUUCUCUGAAGUGUCAGUUCACCAAACGACAAUCGGGUGUUCAAAAUGGGCAAAAACAAAAGAGCUUGAAGCUCGAGAGGAAAGGGGGACAAACCAAGGACCGGGUUGGUCUUAAUGAGUCCCCAGGUCUUUUCUGUGCCUGGACACUCCCAAACGGAAGGCAGCCUGUCCCAUCCAGGCGCUUCAGAUAUCAGUUUACCCCCAAGGACUCUCCUCAGUCCACUGGCAGAGAGGGGAAACCUCUGUUUUGUUAUCUCGCGCUUUCAUCUCAAUGAAAAAGGUUGCGACACUGGAGGAUUGCUCAAGGGCUUCUUUCUCCAAGGCACUGAAUGCAACCAUUGGCCGGAAAAGAGGGAUGACCCGGGAGCGCCGAGUGGGGACUGAGCGGUUCAGUUCAGAGCCCUUCUCCAACGACGACCGUGACACCGGUUGCUGCUCCCCUCCUCCUGAGAGUGACGAAGAACCCUCCGACCUGCUGUUUGGGGGUCAAACGUCUCCCAGGCUGCCGUUUGUGGAGACAGAGACCGAAGAGCAGGCCAGCCUGAAGCCUAAACGCAUGGCGUUUUCCCCCCAGCCCUCCAGCUACCCCUCGGGUAACCAUGCUUCUCCUGUCGCUGCCCAGGGCGUCGCCUACCCCUCUCUGGCCUCGUCCUCCUCCCCUGGGCAGAUCGUCCGACACGGAGACGCGUCUCCCCAGCUCCCCCAGAGAACCCUCUUCCUGUCCCCCAAGCAGCCGUCCUACUAUCCAGACUAUACCACUCCACCACGCGAGGAGCCCUUUGGAGAGCGGCCAUCUCCAAACACUCCCCCCCCCUCUUCCUCACAUGAUCCUUACGCCCUGCCCACUUGCUCGGGGAGAGGUCUGCCGUCCACGCCAAGCGCCCUCCCCCUCUCCAGCCUGUUUCUCUCUCCUCUCUACCCCUGCCUCACCUUCGUCACGCCUCGCAGGCAUUCAGACGUGGGUGUGGACCUGCCCUUCUCCCUCUCCUAUUACCCCAGCAGCCCCACCAAGAGGCUGUCCACCGGGGCGGAGCCCCUCUGGACCAGCAGCGCGCCGGCGGGGGGCCACACGGGCUUCAUAGACACCCAUUGUCACCUGGACAUGCUGUUUGGGAAGGCGGGCUACCGGGGGACCUUCAGUCGCUUCAGGGAGAUGAACCAGAGCACCUUCCCCGCGGAGUUCAGCGGCUGCAUCGCAGACUUCUGCAACCCCCGUCUGAUGCUGAGGGAGGCGCUGUGGGAGGGCCUGCUGGCGGAGGACCAGGUGUGGGGGGCCUUCGGCUGUCACCCCCACUUCGCCAAGGAGUACUCGGAUGUCCAUGAGCGAGCCAUCCUGGGGGCCAUGCGCCACCCCAAAGCCGUCGCCUUUGGAGAAAUCGGUCUGGACUAUUCUCACAAAAACAGCACGCCAACUUCAAAGCAGAAGGAGGUGUUUGAGCGCCAGCUCAGGCUGGCUGUGUCCAUGAAGAAGCCACUGGUGAUCCACUGUCGAGACGCAGACGACGACCUGCUGGUCAUCAUGAAGAAAUGUGUUCCUCGGGACUACAAGAUCCACAGGCACUGUUUCACCAACAGCUACCCGGUGAUCGAGCCGUUCCUGGAAGAGUUCCCCAACCUCUGCGUGGGCUUCACGGCGCUGAUCACCUACCAGCGGGCCGCCGAGGCCCGGGACGCGGUCCGGAGGAUCCCCCUGGACCGCAUCGUCCUGGAGACCGACGCUCCAUACUUCCUCCCCAGACAGCUUGGCAAAGCGGCCGGUCGAUUCGCCCAUCCGGGAAUGGCCAUCCACACGCUGAGGGAGAUCAGCCUGCUGAAGGGCCAGGACCUCCCCACGGUGUUCACCGCGUUGCGCGCCAACACCAGCGCACUGUAUGGGGUCUGAGCGCCGUCGCUAUUAGCAUCACCAGCGCGCUGUACAGGGUGUGAGUGCCGCCGCCGUUGGCUACACCACCAUGCUUUAUGGGGUGUGAGCGCCGCCGGCGUUAGCAUCACCAACGCACUGUAUGGGCCGGGUUGUGAGCGCCGCAGUAAGCAACACCAUCUCUAUUCCUUUAGCGUUAGCCCCUUUAGCACUGAGAGACCUGAGAGAGCGUUUUUUGGGUGGUUUCGCCUAUUUGGUGUUUGGUGCUUACCAAUUUUCUAAUUAUCUUUUGUAAUUGAAAUUGUUCGUAUUUGUCCUGUUGUUUGAACCGGUUCUGGGCCAUUCCGGCCCAUCAGGAAUGACUUCUUGUAUGACUCUAGUGCAGCCGGUUCUUGUACUACUUUUCAUACUUCCUAUUCAACAUUUGAAAAGUUUGAAUUGUACAUCUACAAGUCGUGGAUUUGCAACCAUCAAUUUCUACUCAAAAUUUCCUGACAGUUUGUUAACGUUUGGUUCUUCAUGCUCUAGUUUCACAUCCUCUGGUGUCCUACUGUUCAUUUGGCAUGGUGUUGUAGUGAUGGAAUAAAUUUGUAGCGACCUUAAUCAAAGGUUUUCUUCCUAUUGGAAUGGAGUCUGGUUUUAGUCUCAAGGACUCAUUCAUUAGAGCCGUUUGUUAGCACCUCAGUCUUUCUCCAGUUCAUCUCUUCUAUCCUCUUCUUCAAACUGCUUAUGGCCUUAUCAUCUCUUCUAGGUGUGUUUUAAAUGAGUGAGGGAAGCUGGGUUAGGAUUGUGUGCACAAGCAUUAAACGGUUGAAGACUACUGGAGGUUACCUUGAUUGCAGGCACCAGGCCAGCUUCGGGCUAAUUUUACAGCUGUCAAGUUCAUAUGCAUCAGAAUUCUAUUCUAUUCUUAAUAUGAAGAACAAAUGAGUGAUGUGUCAUGUUCCCUAAAUGUUGCACAUACUUUUCUAUAUAGCCCUUUGUUAAAUGUAUAGAUGUGACAUGCUCAAAAUAAAACAAAACAAAUGGAUAAUUUG